AACCCUUCCAUGACAGCGGAGUUCACGACUUGGGUUCUGCAGGCAAUGUUAGCCAGUGGUAGGCUCUGAGGCACGAGCACCACGGAAGUUUGCCCUCGAACGGUCCAAUAGUGAGAGCUCGAAGGCGGUGCUUGCGGUGGCCUUGCACCAAAGGGAGCCCGUUGAUAGUUAAAGCUCUAUAUGAAACCAAUAUUGUUAUUUUGUAUGUAUGUAUGUGUUUGUUUGUUGAAGAAAAGGGCUACGCAGGCAAAUGGAUUGUCAUAUUUUUAAAAUGUGCUUGUUUUUGUUCCACGCUGUCCCCGGCAUUCUUAAAGCAGAGACAAGUACCGCAGAGAACAAAGUAAUCUGUUACGGAGUGAACAAUCAGAGCUACAGCUGUGAUGCUGGCCAUUGCUGUGGGGAGUCGCAGUGCUGUAACUACUACUAUGAGCUCUGGUGGUUCUGGCUGGUUUGGACUAUAAUUAUAAUAUUGAGCUGCUGUUGUGUUUGCCACCACCGACGCACAAAGCACCGGCUGCAGCAGCAACAGCGGCAACACGAAAUAAAUCUGAUUGCCUACCGGGAAGCUCACAACUAUACCUCCCUGCCAUUCUACUUCAGGUUUUUGCCAAAUUAUCUACUGCCUGCCUAUGAGGAAGUGGUAAAUAGACCUCCAACCCCACCUCCACCGUAUAGUGCCUUGCAGUCGGGCCCUCCAGCCAGCAGCAGCAGCCCCUCAAGCCCAGAGCAAGCAGAAGGAAACCCACAGGCGGCACAAGUGAACACCCCACCAGAAGCUGUCUCCCAACACCCCAGCACCCUUGAACCUGAGCCACCCACAGCCUACAUCCAGAGAGAAGUCACAAAGCCUCAUGUUGCUAUCGAGCAGGACAGCCUGGACGCCUGUGCAGAGGAACUGGCUGAUCCAACAUCCUCUCCAGACAAGGAGGGGGACUGUCGGAAAGAUCUGCUGAAAGACUUGAGUGCUGAAACCUUCUCGGAGGACAAAGACAAGACCCCAGGAAGGCACCGGCGCUUCACCGGAGAUUCAGGCAUCGAGGUUUGCGUCUGCAGCCGGGGGAGCGAGGCAGACGAUCUCAAGGAGCUGGAAGGACUUGUUGAUGAAGGACUGGACGGACCCAUGGACUUCUGCAACGGCUGCAACACCUGUGACCCCCGGCCGCAUGGGGAUGAGGAACUAGGACUGGCUGUCCCAGAGAGACACCAGGACCAUGGGGAGCCUUCACUGUCUCGGCAUCCGGUGUGCCUGUUGCUGCACACUAUAAAUGAGCAGGAAUCCCCAAACAGUCAGAGUGCCAGCAGCGACCCACAAAGUUGAGCACAGGUUUGGUGCAUAGAAAGAGUUGAACAGAAACUUUUUUUUGUUUUCGUGAUGGUGGUAGCUGAGGUCACAUUAAGUCUGUGGCUGUUAUUUCUCAGAAAGCCUUUAGUAAAAUGAGUGCGGCUCUGCUUUAAGGAGAGCACCACUUUUUUUUUUUUUUUUUACUUUAGAAAAAGAAACCUUGCCUUGAUGGCUCACAGGAGUAUAUGCUACACAGCUCAAGGUAGUUCUCAUAUUUAGAAGGUAGCAAACUGUUUCACAAAAUGUUCACACCUUUGUUACAAGGAAUUUGUGGCCCGUUCUAGGUAAGAAGACUGGCAGCUGUAUGCACUGAAGUGCUUUGCUGGAAAAAUGAAACCGGAAGAUUUAGUCUCCUGAUUGCUAAUUUAAUUAGGAUUACAAACAAGGAGUAAUACUGGGAAACACAUGGUGUCUUUUUUACUUUUUUUAAAAAAUACAUCAUUUGGUUAGUUGUUUUUUGUGCUGGGGGAAAAGAGGCAGUUACACCAGAAUCUCCUCUUGGAUAACAAACAGCUUCAACAGUGAUCUCAUCAGAAGGUGUAUUCUUGCAUACAGGUAAUGGAUAAUGGUGGGAUUUCCCUUGUCCCUCUGUGCCCAGUGUAAAACACACACGAUGCCCAGAUUUGUUGUGUUUGUGUGUGGGUAGUAUUAAGUGAUCUUAUUAUUUUAAGAGCCAAAAAGAAACAUGUUGCUGCUUUGUAAGUGUAUGUGUGUACAUGCAUCAUACGAUCACUUCAGUUAUACAAGGAAAUGAUCCUUUCAGUUCUGAUCUGGGACAGUUACUUCUUACUGUGUUUAGAUCCUUCUAUUCAAAUAUUGAAGAUUUAUAAAUGACUUCUUUUUAGAGCAAGUUCUCGUAGGGUGUUAGGAGAUUUGUUUGUUUAUAUAAAAAAAAAGAUUUGCUAGCAUUUUUUUUUUUUUGUGCACUGUGAGCUUUAAAUUAAGCAUUUAAAAUAGGCUGGCUGGAUUUUUGAUUUUCUUCACUAGGCUAUGAGUAAAGUCGCAUGCUUUUCACCUCCUCUAUAGUUGAGUGCUGAAAUGAAAAUGAUACCUUACAACAACAAACAAGCAAUGAAACUUAACUUGCAAUAAAAACAAAUCAUCUGCAAACUUGCUGUACCGCAAAGGGUACUAUAUUGUAAUGUAGCUGUUGGAGUUUUACAUGUUGAAAUCUGUUCUGUUUCAGUUAUUUUACAUGGUAUAUACAGUAUGUGACUUGUUAUCUGACACAAACAGCAAUGUUACAUGUUGGGUUUGACUCCCAUCUGUUUGUUUUAAGUAAUUACUAAUUCCGCCUAGGAAACGCUGCCAGCUUUGUAUGUAUGUUUAUAAAGCUGGCAGACCUGUUGAGCAGAUAAAAUAGCCUUUGGGAAGUUGGCUUCAGAUCCAUUCUGAUAACGUUGUUGUUCUUGUAGCCAUGCAGAACUUCUAUUUAAAAUGUACAUUUUGUUUAAGUUGCAGUAUAAUCUUUUAAGAGGUGCUCUGCCCACCUUUUGCAGAUUUAAGUACCAUAUUUGAUUACCAUAACACUGCUUCCUGUAAAGCAAUUAAUGAAAGGACUUUUCACCAACAGAUGAAAGUGUCUAGCAGUUGGUAGUAGAUUACAGUAAAUGCUUUGCUACAUUUACUGCUACUACAGAAUAAAAUGAAAAAUGCAAUGCACUGUCCUUUCACAACCUCAGGCAGGCUUGCAUUGUAUGUUUGUGAUGCUUGAAGUUUGCAAAGUUUUUAUGCUCCUUUUUUAAAUUUAAAAUGUGUACUGCUGGUAAAGGGAUUUUUAAUUUCUUUCAUAUUUUUCAUCUUUCAACCAAAAAAGAAAACGUUAUGACAUUUUAAACAUUCUCCUUUUAGAUUUAUAUAGACUAUUUAUAAAUGAAAAUAGUAAUUCUUGUUAGCUUUUGUUGCAGUGGUAUAGUAAAGUUUACAAAACGACUUUGCUGUAUACCAUCUCUUCAGUUAAACAUAUCUGAGUCUGUGUGCGGAGGAGGUUCUUCUCACUUGUUAGAGACAGACCUGACAGCGUUAUCAGUUGUCAUUGCAGAUUUAAAGGGAACAUCUGCAAACUAUAAGCAGUCAAACACAAAAUCCCAUCAUAAAUAUAUUCAAUGUUUUAAUAAAGGGGGUGAAAAUAAUAAUUAAAAACACAUGCAUGAAUAACUGAGAGUAAAAGCCAAACGUAGGGAGGGAAGGGGGAGAAGGAUCAUAGUACAAAUGACCUCGGAUGGAUUUUUAAUCAGAUUUCAUAGGUUCAGUUUAAAGGAGAGUAAAAACUGUGCACAUCUCAAUAGGCUUCUCGGUACAUUUCAGAUGGGUGGCCUCUGAAGUUAUCUAAGAUUACUUAGAGCUUUGUUCCAGCAAAGGCAUACUAGAGAGAUAAGCAAACUAUACUGCAAAAAAGUGAAAAGUUAGUGGACCUUGAGAAAUUCAGUACCAUUAUCUUCUGUCCCCUAAAUGUACCGAAUAUAUAUCCUACAAUUUACCUAGAUAUGUUACAGGUAUAAACGUGCAUUUUAAUGGGAAAGGAUACUAGUUUUUGUCUUGCCCUAGGCGGUUUCUGUCUCUUGUGUUCUAAUCAUAAAUACAAGCCAUUGUUUUGCCUUUUAUGCCAACAGAAUGGCCUGUUGGCUCUGUUUGCACACCUCAUUUUCAAGGGCCUUUACUUGACAAAAGAUGCCAUUAGACUACUAAUGCUGCAUAAUUGCUAAAAAAAAAAAAAAAAAAAUUUCUAUACAUAUGUGAAACUCAAUUAUUUUUAUGUUGAAAUAAAAUAUACCAAUUACACUAUUUUUUGAAGAAAAGUAAUUAUAUUCAGUUCAUAUUCCUCCUUUUAUAAAAGCAUCAUGUGAGACAUUGAGACUUGUGUACAAGAGGAAAAUACAUAUCAGUUCUGUGUUGGGGAUGUAUCACUUUUUUUGUGUGUGGUGUGGAAAUCAAAGCACAACUGCAUGAUGGCGUCCCAUAUCUUAAAGCAACGCUGAUCCGAGCUGCCAGGGGGGGUUUUUGCAAAUUCAAUUGUAAUUCCUUGUUUUAAAGAAAGAAACUGACAAAAACAGCACACAGUUAAACAAAAAAAUAUGAAUGCAAUAUGGAAUUUAAAUCUACUUGCUCAUUAAACAAUUUAGAACAUAGUUGGGGUUGGGUUGGGUUGGGUUGGGUUUGGGGGGGAAUGACAGAUACAAAUGAAAGAGUUGGACUGGAAGGGCCAGCUUUGCCCAUUCCUGGAAUAGACAUUCACUUGUAAAAUGAUAUAAAAGUGGAGAGGGGGUCUAAUAAAUUGUAUGCGCAAGAAAAGCUGGGUGACACAAUGCAGCUUUACCCAGAACAGAGAAAUGCGAAGAUUACUUGGCAUUACAGUUGGAGAAUGUGAAAUGAAUUAAAAUAACCUGUUGUUUAGAAAAAACAUAUGUUUGUUUUCUUUUAGUUUGUUUUUGAUUAUUAAGAAAACAAGACUUCAGCUUUGUAGACUACACUGUUUUCCUGUGUUCAGAUAAUGUAGAGCAGUUAAAGUAAUUAAUUAUUCUGCGAAAAAAAAGAAUGAUUAGGGUGUGCAGUAUCUUGUCUCCGAUUUAUAUUGACUAUGAUGAUAAGUGUUAAAUCUGCUGUAAUGGAAAAUGCAUGAAAAGUUUUUUUUGUUUUUUUUUUCUACAAUUUUGGAAGGUGCAUAGUGGCAUUUGGAAGUACUGAACAUAUGUAGUGUGUUCUGAUAUAGAGAGAUAGAUAUAAAAAGAGAUCUUCAAAGUUGUUAAAUCCUUGUUAAUGAAGUGUUGCUGAGGUUCUUGCACUAUGUUAUUACAAGUUAUGUACUAAGGGCUUGUACUGCCUACACAAUAUCACUGAAUAACAGAACAUAUUUCUUUACCUGUGAAGGCUUUUAAUGAAAUGUAUUGUUUCAUUUUUGAAUAUAUGCCCUUUUUGAAUGUAUUGUUUAAGUACAAAGAAGCCACUGGGGCUGAUGCAUUUAAAGGAGAUGGAUUAAAAAAAAUACUACAACCCCCUUUUUUUUUAAUGUGUACCUUUGAAAAUGUGUCUCUUAUUUGCUGGCAUCUCAUAAACUGUUAAUGAUCCUGA